AGAAAUCUAAAACACCCAACCCAAGAAAAUGGGUUCGUUAAGCCUAUAAAUAACACCUUAUGCUUCCUCUCAAUUCAUGAAUCAAAACUCAAUCCAUCACUUAUACAUAUAUAUCAAACAAAGUAAUAUAAAGCUAUUUAUAUAUUAUUCGCUCACAAUGAAAACUGUUUUGGUCUCUCUAGCUUUAGCUUUUUUCUUUGUUGCAGGAGCAAAUGCGGCUACCAUCACCAUGAAAAACAACUGUCCAAGACCUAUCUGGCCAGCAACCCUAACUGCCGACCAGAAACCCCAACUAUCAACCACUGGCUUCGAGUUGAAACCCGGUGCAACCCGAUCGGUGGACAUUCCAAAGGGACUUUGGAAAGGUCGUUUCUGGGCCAGAACUCGAUGCUCAGCCGACCCCUCCGGCAAGUUCACUUGCGCCACUGGAGACUGCGGCACGGGCAAGGUCGAGUGCAACGGUGGUACUGGAAAACCUCCGGCCACACUCAUCGAAUUCACCAUCGAAGAUAGAGAAGGAAAAGACUACUACGACGUCAGCAAUGUAGACGGCUUCAAUGUGGCCGCCUCGGUUGCCCCGCAAGGCGGUAGAGGCGACUGCAAGCAGUCAUCAUGUCCGGUCAACAUCAACGCCGUAUGCCCGGCUCAGUUCCAGGUCAAAUCUGGAAACGACGUCGUUGGGUGUCUUAGCGCUUGUGCCAAGUUCAACGAGGACAAGUACUGUUGUAAAGGGGCGAAUGACAAGCCAGAGACGUGUCCUCCAACUGAAUUUUCUAAAUUCUUCGAGGAAAAAUGCCCUGAAGCUUACAGCUACGCUUAUGAUGAUAAGAACAGCACCUUUACGUGCUUUGGUGCUAACUAUCUCAUCACUUUCUGCCCGUGAGACAAAAUUCCUAUAUAUAUAUAUAAAUAUAUAUAUUAAUGGUGAUAAGAGAAGAAUAAAUAAUGUUGAUCAUGUAUGUGUGACUACAAUAUGUUAUACAAAUAGUAAUGAGAGUUUCCAUUCAAAAAAAUAGUAAUGAGAGUUUAUGAAAUAAAUGAAUAGCGAUUAAUUUGGAAAUUACAAUUCUAGCUAUUUUUCUCAGUUAUAUUAUAGCUGGUUAAUGGCUGGUUUGACUUAGAUGUGAUCUUUUUCAGUUUUU